AUGGGUCUGCUUUUUCUGUUUCUUCUUAUUCCUCUCCUCUACCUUCUUUCCCAAAUCAUCGAAGGCAGAUCGAAUUUCACUCCACCAGGCCCUCUUGGACUACCCUUCAUUGGAAACUUGCAUCAAAUAAUCUAUCACUCAAACAUCCCUACUUUCCUAUGGCAGCUCUCCAAAUCCUACGGUCCAAUCCUAUCCCUUAACUUCGGAUUCAUCCCAGUAAUCGUUGUUUCUUCAGCAAGUCUAGCGAAAGAAGUCUUAAAAACCCAAGAUAUCAUCUUUUGCAAUAGGCCAUCAUUUGUUGUACUAAAAAAGUUAUCUUACAAUGGCCUUGACGUGACUUUUUCACCCUACAACAAGUACUGGAGAGAGAUGAAAAAGAUUUUUAAGCUUCAUUUGUUAGGACCUAAAAGAGUGGAAUCUUUUAGGUUUAUCCGUGAAGAAGAGGUCUCAAGUGCCAUGAAGAAGAUACAUGAGAUGGCUCUUUCGUCUAUGCCUGUAAACUUGAGCGAACUCGUGAAGAGUGUGGCGGGUACUAUAAUGAUGAGAGUGGGUUAUGGCAAGAAGUUCCGAGAUGAACAUGAAAGAAAGGAGCUUCUUCGACUACUAACUGAACUCGAGUUGAUAUUUGCUGAUUUCUACGUUUCUGAUAUUUGGCGUGGUCUUCCUUUCAUGGGUUUGAUUGAUAGGUUAUUCGGCAAGACUAAUCGUCUAGAUAAAUGCUUCCAGUAUUUUGAUGUGUUUUACCAGAAACUCAUUGAUGAACAUCUAAGCCCCAAAUCAAGUGAGAAAGAAGAAGAUUUUAUUGACAUCUUACUACGACUCAAAGAAGAACAGCUCUUAAACCUCACGUACGAUCACAUUAAAGCUUUGCUCAUGGAUGUAUUGGUAGCCGGAACAGAUACUAGUACAGCUACUGUGAUUUGGGCAAUGACAGCACUGAUAAAGAACCCUAAAGUAAUGAAGAAAGCACAAGAAGAAGUGAGAAAUUUGGUGGGAAAGAAGUGUAUAGUAGAAGAGGAAGAUCUUUCAAAACUCACCUAUAUGAAAGCAGUGGUGAAGGAGAUCAUGAGGUUAUACCCUCCGGCUCCUCUUCUAAUACCACGAGAAACAGCAAAACAUACCAUUUUGCAUGGCUACAAAAUCAAACAGAAAACACUUGUUUUCGUGAACGCAAUGGCCAUCGGAAGGGACCCUGAAUCCUGGGAAAGGCCAGAGGAGUUUUUACCGAAGAGGUUUAUGGGUAGCAAUAUUGACUUUAGAGGGAAUGAUUUCGAGUUGAUUCCGUUUGGGGGUGGCCGGAGAAUAUGUCCUGGAAUCUCAAUGGGAGUUAUGAUUGUGGAACUUUUGCUUGCUAAUCUUGUUUACUUGUUUGAUUGGGGGUUGCCGAAUGAUGAGAACAGUGUUGAUAUAGACUUUGAUGUUAUGCCUGGGGUAACCAUACACAAGAAGAAUGAUCUUUGCCUUUUAGCUCAUGUAUUUGUAAAAGACUGAUAUUUGUGUUUUCUAGCCAAGGUUAGUAAGAUGGGUGUUUUUUUUAAAUUUAAUUAAUGUUUUUAAUAAAAAUGAUAUAUAACCAUGUAAAAUGUAAAAUAUGUAUGAAUGUUCUUUUGGAGAAAGAAUAAAUUGAUUAAUAAUAUCAAG